CAACUAAUAAACGAAGUUUACAAGUAUAUUGGGACCUUUAUUAUUAGGGCUAUCUACAGCAAACACCGUAUGUGGAAGGUAGCUCAGCACCAUUAUCUCCAUGCUUACCGAUGUUGUGGGCCUAGGAUAGGCCUAAUAAAUUUACUGACAACUUUUAAGAAUUGAAGUAUUUGGAGUUGGUGUUGGGGUUGGCACGUAUCUUCCACGGAGCUAAAUUAGCUCUGGCUCCGGGAUAUCAUUAUCACAGUUGUCAGGAAGCUUACUACCUAGGAUAAAAAUGGCCGCAAAAGAACAUCACAAAAGAUCCGUAAGUUUUUCCGAGCUGGUUGAUGCCCCUCUACCAAUCACCCGCCCAAGAUCCGUCAGCUUCAAGAAAACCAUAGAGCAUAUUGAAUUAGAUCUUGCGAACCAACCUGUCGACCCUUGUAAGAGGGGGCCAGAUUCAACGAUAAAUUACACAGAGCUUUACCUAGCCUCAACAUACAUUAAUGAUGCAAGAUAUGCCCGCAGCUAUAAACAUAAAGUUGAGCAGGAGUAUUUAAAAUAUUAUGCAUUAUACAACACAGCCUUCUUGACAUAUGCUCUUUAUUUUUUCCUGUUUUUAAAUUUGUCUUUGGCCCUUUUUGAGGAACCGGCCGUUAAUAAUCUAAGUUUUGAGUACUCUGUGCGUGUGAAGACACUUGCAAAAAAACGCAAGUUGUUCUCGGGUGGAACUCAAACCCACGAUCUCCAGAUUGCUAGCCUCACAUCAUACCUCUAG